AUGGCUGCCCCUCCCCCGCUAUCUCGUUAUCUUGCUAUCUUAAUAUGUAUUCUCGCACAUGUUGAUCACGGAAAGACUUCGUUAACAGAUAGCUUGAUUGCCACAAAUGGCAUCAUCUCGCCAAAGCUGGCGGGAAAAAUCCGCUAUUUGGAUUCCCGUCCAGAUGAACAGCUACGUGGGAUUACGAUGGAAUCGUCAGCCAUCUCUCUUUACUUCUCUAUGCUGCGGAGAUCGGCCCCGGAAGGGACUCCAGAUAAGCGAGAGUAUCUCAUCAACCUGAUUGAUUCCCCUGGCCAUAUCGAUUUUAGUAGUGAGGUUUCUACUGCCUCUAGGCUCUGUGACGGUGCUUUGGUUCUCGUCGAUGCUGUCGAGGGCGUCUGCAGUCAAACCGUCACUGUUCUACGACAUACCUGGGUCGAGCGGUUGAAACCGAUUCUCGUCCUUAACAAAAUUGAUCGUCUAGUGACAGAGCUAAAGUUGAGUCCUUCAGAAGCUUAUUCUCACCUCAGCAAGAUCUUGGAACAAGUAAAUGCUGUGAUAGGGAGCUUCUACCAGGGAGAACGCAUGGAAGAGGACCUUCAGUGGAGAGAGAAGGUCGAAGAACGUGUCAAAGCUGCAGCACUAAAAGAAAAAGAUCGGUCGAAGACAGGCACGGAUGUGGACUCUCAAGCGGACCCUGAAGCCGCAGAGUUUGAGGAGCGUGAUGAUGAAGAUCUAUACUUUGCUCCAGAAAAGAAUAAUGUCAUCUUCUGCAGUGCUACCGAUGGCUGGGCGUUUACUAUUCGACAGUUUGCCGGACUUUAUGAAAAGAAACUUGGAAUUAAACGAGCUACGCUGGAGAAAGUGCUAUGGGGUGAAUACUACCUAGACCCCAAGACGAAAAGAGUCCUUGGUCCGAGGCACUUGAAGGGUAGACGUUUAAGUCCGAUGUUCGUUCAGCUGGUUUUGGAUACCAUUUGGGCCGUCUAUAACGCAACUACGGGGGGAGCUAACUCCACAGGGGAUCCUGCACUUUUAGAAAAGAUCACAAAAUCUCUCUCGAUAAAGAUACCCCCUCAUGUUCUCCGGUCUCGAGAUCCUAGGAAUAUUCUCUCUGCUGUGUUUUCAUCAUGGCUACCGCUAUCUACCGCCGUGCUUGUCUCCGUUAUUGAAUAUCUCCCUAGCCCCAUAGAUGCCCAGGCCCUCAGACUUCCAGAUAUGAUUGAUGAUUCGCCUGACGCAAGUUAUAUUGACCCCAAAGUUCGAGACGCCAUGAUAAACUCCAAGUCAGGGAAAGAUGAUCCUGUGCUAGGGUAUGUCAGUAAAAUGGUUUCGAUUCCAGAAAGCGAGCUGCCGUCUAAAACGCGCCGUAUGCCCGGUGGAACAAUGUCUGCAGAUGAAGCUCGAGAGAUUGCUCGACGGAAGCGGGAAGAGUUUGCUAAACUUCGAAGUGAAGCAAAUGAGGGACAAGGGGAUGAUAUCUCAGGCCUCGCACAUGCUCUAUCAGAGUCACGGUUGGACGAGACUAGCAAAGUGGAAGAAAGGGUUGAACCAGAGCAUCUUAUUGGAUUUGCACGUUUAUACUCCGGCACGCUCUCGGUCGGCGAUUCGAUAUACGUGUUGCCUCCAAAAUUCUCUCCCAUGAGCCCCCGAGCUAGCCCAGAACCCGAAAAAGUGAUAGUAAAGGGGCUAUACCUCCUCAUGGGACGCGCUCUUGAGAAUUUGGAAAGUGUCAGCGCUGGGGUUGUUUUUGGGAUUGCCGGACUCGAAGGUCAUAUCAUGAAAACAGGAACUUUGUGCAGCCAGGUAGAUGGGGCUGUGAAUCUUGCCGGCGUUGCAUUAAACCAUCCACCUAUCGUUCGAGUUGCAUUGGAGCCUGUGAACCCGGCAGAUCUCAAUAAGAUGAUAAAUGGACUGAAGAUGUUGGAACGGAGCGACCCAUGUGCACAGUAUGAGGUACUACCGAGUGGAGAGCAUGUUAUUCUGACCGCUGGAGAAUUGCAUCUAGAACGAUGUCUGAAGGAUCUUCGAGAGAGAUUUGCUAAAUGCGAUAUCCAGGCUGGAGAGUCUAUUGUGCCAUACAGGGAAACAAUAAUAAAUGCUGCUGAAAUGGCCCCUCCUAAAAAUGCAGACUUGCCCCGCGGGACUGUGAUUACAACUUCAGGGUCAAAGCAGCUUAAGAUACAGAUUCGAGUGCGGCCACUGCCUACAAUGAUAUCAGAAUUCCUUCUGAAGCACGCAGGCACUAUUAAAAGGAUAUAUGCACGCAAAAGGAAUGUGUCAACAGAUACCGCGGAAGCGACUGAAGAAGAUACCCAUGAUACAGCCAACUCUCAGGAAGCCACCUCAGAGGGUGCUGCUUCUAGCCGAAACACACUUUCAAUUGACGAAUUCAAGAAAGAGCUUGCUGCCUGCUUUGGUGCGGUAAAGGAAGAUAAGGAAAUAUGGACUGGUGCACUUGCAAAGGUAUCUGAAUUCGGACCAAGAAAAACAGGGGCUAAUAUUCUAUUUGACGCAACACCAACUGGACGCUACGAGAGACUAUUUGCGGAGGGCUCUAGUAACAAGCCAGGCCGUGACUCUGGCCUGUUCUCAGACAAGAUAUCUUAUGCCUUCCAACUAGCCACAUCCCAGGGUCCUCUAUGCCGCGAACCAGUUCAAGGCGUUGCAGUUUUCAUCGAGGAUGUUACGCUAGAAGAAGCUGGAGAUGAAGAGCAAACUCGUCUGACAGGAGAAGUGAUAAGGCUAGUACGUGACGCUGUAUGGCAAGGGUUCCUUGACUGGAGUCCCCGAAUCAUGCUUGCCAUGUACAGCUGCGAAAUCCAAGCUACCACUGAGGUCUUGGGCCGUGUUUACGGCGUUGUAACGCGAAGACGCGGACGUAUCCUUUCUGAAACAAUGAAAGAAGGAACCUCCUUUUUCACUAUACUUUCUCUUCUACCUGUUGCGGAAUCGUUUGGAUUUUCAGACGAAAUCCGCAAACGAACGUCUGGAGCCGCGUCUCCGCAGUUAAUAUUUACUGGCUUCGAAAUGCUUGACCAAGAUCCGUUCUGGGUUCCUGCAACGGAGGAAGAGCUAGAAGAUCUGGGCGAGUUGGCUGAUAAAGAGAACGUGGCGAAGAGGUAUAUGGAUAGCGUUAGGAGUAGGAAAGGAAUGGUCGUUGCUGGGAAAAAGUUGGUUAAGGAUGCUGAAAAGCAGAAGACGCUAAAGAGGUAA